AUGGCUUUUGAGCGGCUGAAUACAAUUGUCAACUGCAGGGACAGCACCUUUGCUGCCGUUACGCCAGCAAACAGCAGGCACGCCGCCAAGCUGGCUCAAAUUGCCUUAGCCGUUCAAAGCCGCCAAAACACACCGACCCCUUCAAGACGCAAAUGGCUGCCAGGCAGCGCGAAACCGAGGCUUCAAAUCCGUGACAAAGAUACAGCACGUGUCGACGACUACUACACCCCUUCAAGCCAACCUCCUCUGGCCACAUCAUACUAUCAACACCAGCACUACCAAACGUACCCCCCUCGUCAACAGCCAUACCCUCUGCGGCGACCAUCCGAAGCAAUAGCGACGGCACCCUCGUCCCGAUCGCAACGCCAUAUUACUCCGGCACUCAUCAGGAUCAGGGCCAAGAAGCCUCCUACUACCCCCCCGCCUCAUGACAGCACCGAUGUUGGCGUCCCCGAAGCGACGCGUUUUCAAACCUACCACAGGACAACCUACCAAGUCAAGAGCUCUUCCGCUGGUGGCAAGAUCAAAGUGUCCGGGCCUGUUGGUAGUAACGAGGCACAGCUGUUUGAUGCCAUCGCUGCUGCCAAGUCGAUCACCAGCGGAUUUGACAUGAGAUCCUCCAAGGAUGACUGCAAACUUGUUCGACACCGCACUGGGGGGAGAAAAGAAGAAAAUCGGGGGGCUGGUUAUGGCCGGGAUGGUAGGAAGUCAUGCCGAGCGUAGAGAGAUAACUUCACGUUGAUUCUAUACUGCACAGCAUGGGAAUAUCGACGCCAUAACCUUCAUGCAAGACAAAUGAAACCUGAUCCGAAAUACCACCCCCUUACCCUCAGUAGCCCAUCAUCCGUAACGACAUUACUACAUCUCCGGGGGCCCCUUAACUGUCGUGCUUCUCGCUGUUCUUCCUGUUUCCGCCAUCCUGGCUACCAAUCUGCUCCUUCUUUUUGUCUUGGGCACCGCCAUCCUUGCUCUCAGCACGAUCCUUGCUUGGCUCCUCAGGGCUAUCAUCGCUCUUCUUGGUCUUUUCAUCCUCUUCCUUCUGAUCCUUCUUCUUAUCCUCCUGCUUCUCGUCCUUCUUAUCAUCCUUCUUCUCCUUCUUAUCACCUUCCUUCUUAUCCCCCUUCUUCCCCUUACUCUUCUCUUCCUCCUUCUUCUUCCUCUCCGCCUCCUCCUUUUCCUUCUUCUCCUUCUCCUCCUUCUCCUUCCUCAACCUCGCCUUUUCCUUCUCCUCCUCCUUCUCCCAAUUAUGAUACUCAUUCUUCCGAUCCUCAGCCCUCAACAAAUCCUUCAACUCCCCACCCGACAAUCUCGCAUGACUCUCCCCAAUCUUCGUCCUCGCCACCAGACUGAUCAGCAACGAACCCCCUACUAUAGCCGUCAAAACAAAGCGAUAAGUCUGAUACCAACUCGGCGCCCACCCCCUCACCAUCGCUCUCGCAUCCGCAAAGUACAAUCCUGUAAACGCCAGAAAUUGGGUGAUCAACGCCCAUUCAAUGGGGAAAAACGUAGUGGGCCAUGCAACCAGCGGCGCAGCGACACCGAUGGCAUAGCGCAGGCGCGUUCUCUCACGGGAGAAGUUCUUUUCCGCAAAUUCAAGACCCCAGUGAAUGGCGCCUAAAAAGGAGAUGAGCGCCACGCCAUAGCCGACUUGAAUCGGCUCAAGAAAGUGAAGCCACUGGGAGGCAGCCUCAUUGGUGAACAUGAAGCUGUUGAGAAAGUUGGAGUCGGUGGGAAAUUUGGCGUUGAGGUUCCAAGAGAGGUAAACUGUUGCGAGGGAGGUGCCGAGAUACGGCAAGGUCCCGGCCAGGCCGAGGAGAUAGGGUUCUCGGGGGACGGAGCCGAGGGCGAAGGUGUCUUUGACCGUGUGCUAUGACAUUGUGUCAGUAACUCGGCCGAGUCGGAGGGGUGGGGAAGGAAAGGAAGGGUGCAUACCAGGUCAUCGCGCAGUUCCUUGCCAAAGUCUACGUCGUCGGGUUUGGAUUGUGCAGUUUCAAUGGAUUUGCGGACGGUUGAGGUGGUUGAGACCUCGUCUGGUCGGGCUUCGAGCUUGUGUUGGGCGAUUUCUUGCUCGUGUUGCUUGUCUAUCUGGGUGGGUUGCACGGGUGGUUUGGUGGAAUAUUGCGUGCGGAUGAGGUAGGGCAGCAAUCUCGGUUGGGUGGUGACUUGUGGUCUGGACGAGGUGCUGGAAUGUUUGAGGAGGCUCUUGGAGGCGGGAGAGGGGCGGAUGGGAUGUGCUCGAAGGGUUGUAGACAGAGCUUGGGCUCGGCCAACAGCUGGUCGGAAACCACGCAACAUUUUGGGCGAGACAACACAAUCGUGGGAUUUGGAGUUGUUUAAUGUUGAAUGGUUAAUGGUAUCCGUGCUCCUGAUCGUGUACUUCAGGAAAGACGGGAGGCGAGCGCGUGGGACAUGC